UCUCAGUUAAAUCAUUUCCCGUACCUUUUUUUUUCUCCGUAGUCUACCACAGAUGGAUGAUGAAGCAGCUGUGAAGGUGAAGAAGGUGACAAAUACUAUAAUCUUUCAGGCAACACCGAUACGAGUAAGUGUCUCUCUACUAGCCAUUUUCCUGCUCAUGUGGAUCAUUCGUACAGGAUUCGGAGUUGUAACUGAAGCGGAAAUGGAAACUAGAAGCAGUAACUGGGGUUUUCAUUUUGGUGUUGUGACUUUACUCUUUGGUAUAUUGUUUGUGGCUCUUGGCCUUCCCAUUCUGACAAACUUGUUUCUCAAAUUGUCCGAACAAUUGCAGAAGCAUGACGAAACAAGCAUCUACCCAGGUGGUGGAGAGAUGAAGCCAAUCCACACAAUCGUCGGUCGCAUCUUGGUGACCUUGAUCACAAUGGUCAUGCUAGCAUGGGCAUCUUAUACUGGCUAUAGGCUUGCAACUGAGCCAAGAAGAGACGACAAGUAUUAUCCCCUAAUCUUCCCAAUCGGGAUUGUUACUAUUGUCUUUGGCUCGGUUUAUAUAAUCAUUGGACUCGGCCUAAUUGCAGACUUAGCCCUAGCUUUAACAGUGCAGUUGCUGCUGAGAAAGAAGAAGGGCGUUAUAGCUCAUCAAGAUCCCAACACAGAGGCUAAAAGCUUUGUUUGAAGACUCGAAGAUGCAUCACAAUCAUAUACAAUAUAUACAUAUUAUGCUGUUACAUGAUUAGUAGGAGAGUUUAUCUUUUCCAGUGUCUUUAU